UGUAACCUAAGGCUCAGUCCAUUUUUGAUCCGUUUUCAAGUCUUGCUUGAUUCUCAAACAGUCCACCCAAUCCGGCUGACACUCAACCCUUAUUCUCCUUGCAAUCCUCCACUCCUGCGAUCGAGAGAGUGGGAACGCUGAGCGGGAUGCCCGUUUCCGCUGCAGGGUCUGUCGUCUCAGAUUCAGACACGCCUCUCGCACGCUCUCGGCGAGGCUCGUCCACCAGCCUCAGUGGCAUCGCCAAUACCAGCAGCAAUAACAUCAACAGCACAAGUAGUAGCAUUCAUGGUAGUAAUAGUAGUAGCAGUGGCAGUAGCGAUACUAGCAGCAAUCGCAACAAUCGGAAUAGCAGUAACAAUGCAAACCGCUCAUCGUCGUCGCUGGGCGGGCUUGGCAACCUGAUCACUGCCGCAGCGCCGCCAUUCCUCUGGAUGGGCCAACGCAGCAGAGCCACGCCAGUGAUUGAGCCAAGCGCAGCUGCAGCACUCGGCCGACCGACCUCAGCGUCAUCGUCGUCGUCGUCGUCGUCGUCGCCCUCUUCCUCUCCUACUGGUGCUUCAACUGCGACGACCGAACCCACCAGUCCCGCCAACGCCGAGUCAGCCCAAUCCCACCAGCCGCGGCGGCAAUCAGACAGUGCUCCAGUGCCAGCUGCAGUGCACCAGGUCCCGAGCACGAGCACGGGCGGGAGGGUCACUGCCAAGUCGUCCUUCCGCAUGCUCCACUCGCGCGUGCAGCAGGAACAGAGCGCGCUGGCCGUCGCGGCGGUCGUGGCUGCCGUCCCUGGUGCUGUCGAGUUCCGACCGACGUUUGCUGCUGGAUCGGCUGCCGGCGAGAGGCCUGCCACUCGGAUGAGCCAAUCUACCGACCUGCCCGAAGAAGGUCUUACGUCCGUCAAGACAACCACUUCGACUCCUUCAUCGGAUGCGUCGUGCACUAGCACUGGCGACAGUGGAUUUGCACGCGACGCAGCGCUUGGGCUGACCAGUGAGACAUUCGAUAUUGUCACGCACAACAUUGAGAGCGCCGACACGCGCCAGGGCCUCGAGCAUAGCGACGAACUGGUCGAGAUUAUGAACGAGUUUGGCGUCGGGUUUGACCAGGCGCGUCUCAUCUUUAUGCGCCGCCGAAUGAUUGAGAACAACAUUGAUCCAGACACGGGCCUGCCGCUGGACGCAAAGGCGGUGAGCUUUGGACCCAAGCCUCCAUCGCAACCGGUGAUUGCUGCGCACUCACAGCAACCACUGCCGCGCCUUCUGACUGCGGCUCAGCCCGGCUCGACCGAGCCUGCUACAUCAUCGCAAGCGUCGUUGGCAACCAGCAGCACUGCUGCUGCUGCCUCGCGAAAGCGCCUGUCUCAUCGCAUCUCCAACCGCGCGAGCAAAGUUCUGCACCUUGCCGCCGCGGCUGUCGCGGCAGCCACCUCCACCAAGCCGGGUGCGCUUGACGAUCUCACCAGCCAGCACUAUCAACAGCAGUCACACAUUUCGUCAGCCAUGUCGGACGCUGUUACCCGCACAACCGUGGACGACCGGCGUCGGCAUUCGGCCUUCUCGACGCAGUACGGCGUUUCAGACUACCCAGUACCCACCGAUCCCGGCCGACCUCGACCGCCUAUUCGCGAGCAAAUUGCGCUGCUUGUCGACAUGGGUUUCGCUCCCAAUCACGCCGCUGUAGCGCUCCUGAAGGCCCAUCGCAAUGUGUCGAUCGCUGCAUUCAUGCUGGCACAAGAAGAAACGGUCAAGACUUCGCAACACCAAGACUGGAGCUCGUCCGCGUCUCACGCUUCGCACGGCAAGCGAAUCCAUGCCCCACGGCUUGGCUGGCUCAAGGACAAGCUUAUGGGCGGCGUUCACCCUGCGCUCAGCCACGUUGCUGUGCAGCCGCUGCCAUACUCGAACGCCCCUCGCGGCGGGUCCGAGGGCGAGCCCCAGAGCACCUCCGCUCGCCUGUCUCGAGGGCGGCUUGGAUCGCAGGGUUUUGCUCAACCGGACACGACGGGCACAGCGGGCCUGAAUCCGCUUGCAUCGGUCCACUCUCAACCAGACGACAUCUUUGCGGAUGUCUUCAACCCUCGCGCCCACUCUACCGCGCUGCCGUUGUCUGCUUCCACCCGGUCUGACCUCGCUCGACUCCACGCCCAAGCGGCUCACACUGUUUCCAACCCCUCCUCCUCCUCCUCUUCCACCGCGUUGGUCACAUCCCUGUCGUCACCAGCAAGUCGUCCGACGCUUGGUUUGCGCAAGCCGAGCGCCAUGGAUGACGCAUUCAUGUUGCCAGCUCACUCGCCAGCGGCAGCCAUGGCAUCCCCGUUGGCGCGCAGCGGAAAGCCGCUGCACUUGCACUUGUCGGGUGCGCAAGAUCUCGCUGGAGACCUCCAUGGCACUCCGACCAAAUCCACUCCGACAACGCUUGUGCGAUCGUUGAGCGCCCUCGAUCUUGCCGACCUUGCGACGUUGGCAACCCAGCCCCUGAAUCCGUUCGACGACCUAUUUUCAAGUACCAGCUUGGAUCUGCCGACCGUCGACCCGCGGCAAGAGACCUCGGACGACGAGGACGAAGACAUCACGGUUGCGGCAACGUUGCCGUCCCUGGUCGCUGCCCCCUCCAAGACAACGGGAAAGCGCGAGCAGCUUGUCGUCUCCUUUGCGCCUGGAUCAACUCCGUCCAAACUAGCAGCGAUGCCUGCGUCACCUCGUGGACUUCCGCCCCACAUGACGCACAAGCGAUCCUUGUCCAGCCCGCACAAUGCCAUCCCGCCGGCGCAGCCCUUGUUCGACGCCCCUCCUCAAACGACGGCCCCGGCAUCGCCACCCCACUCACCUUCUCGAAAGUUUCAUGUUAUCGCUGCAAAGCCACACCCGAUUAGUUAGCGGCAUCAGCAAUCCGUUUGUGGCAUCUUGAAAUUGGCGUUCGAUUGAUUUUUUUGUCCAGUUUUUUUGUUUUCAUUUUCAAUGUAACAACAGUUUUUUUUUCUUUC